AUGGCCAACUCAUCGGGUAGAUUGAAGCUCCGGGAGGGUCGGUUCAUCUACAUCACAGAGCUAGCAACCGAAGUCGAGUCCAACGUCAUCUCAGCGAUUAACAUUCAUGCUGCCAGGGCGAAACUCAAAAUGCUCAAGGCUAACUGGGAGAAACUCGAAGCAGACCAUGAGAAGCUAGUCUCAUCGAAAUCCGACGUCUCUCCAGAUCAUGACUACUUCAAGAACAAGUGGUAUGAGAAAGCAAUGAAGGCAUAUGUACUCUCUGAGGCUGCUCUCUCGACUCGCAUUGCUGAAUUGGAGGCAACGGAACCGCCAGCUGGCAACUCUCUUGCUGACCUAAGCAUUCAAGGAGCUUCUCAUCACCGACCAUCUCUACCAGGCAUCUCCAUUCCAAAAUUCUCUGGGAGCUUCUCUGAAUGGCGGCAUUUUCAAGAUCUUUUCGUCUCACUUGUCGGAGAGAAUCCGUCCAUCUCUGCAGUUGAGAAAAUGCAUUAUCUCUGCGCCAGUCUGGAAGGAGACGCGGCUAGUUUAAUAGCCAACCUUAAGAUCUCAGCAGACUCGUUUGCAUCAGCAUAG